AUGAAGGAGACUUUACUUCCUGUGAGCUUCUUUAUCCUGAAGUGCAUUGGACUGUGGCAGCCGGUACACUGGAAGGGAUUUAAAACUUUACUCUAUUCACUGUUUACGGGGUUUAGUUUUGUCAUAUUGUUUACCGAUACUGGCUGUCAGAUCGUCGAUUGUUUCGUUACCUGCAAAACUGUCGCCGAUUAUGCGGACCACUCUUUCAUCCUGCUGACCAUGAUCGGGAUUUGUAUUAAAAUGGGCAGCAUUAUUAAGAACCGUAAUAGGAUUGUCGAGUUGAUUGAGAGACUACAGACCGGCGCCUUUCAGGAUAAAAAUCCGGUUGAGGAAAGGAUUUUGAAGGAGUUUGAUAGUAUUAUGAAAUGGAGAACAAUAUUAUUCGGUAUCUUCGUCCAAAUGGGAACAGUCAAUCUGAUAAUAUCGUCAGCGCUAUAUUUAGCACCUCACCGAAUAACAAUAACAAAAUUGUACCUGCCGUGGGACACAAAGACACUUGAGGGGUACUGGACAGCGUGGGUGUUGCAAGCGAUUUCCCGGUUCUUCGGUGGGCCUGUAAACGUGGCUUGCGACAGUCUAGUUUCCGGAGUAAUGUACCGAGCAUCCGCGCAGUUCAAGAUCCUGGCGAGUCGACUCCGCGGAUUCCUUCUCGAGCCUCAAUAUUCAGAGGAGAAUAAUAACAAUAAUAAAAAUGUUAAAUACGAUUAUCAUAGAGUGGAAAAACACGAAGCGGAGAAAAUGGCCGAAUUGGUGAAAGAACACCUGGAGAUUAUACAGAUUAUUACAAUGCUCAACGAUAUCUUUGGGUUCGUUAUUUUCAUGCAGUACUGCGUUAGUUCCACAGUCCUCUGCGUUACGGUCUUCGUCUUCGCUCAGGUCAGACAAUUUGACACUCAUUGUGCUAUGAUGAUUACUUACACUGGAUGUCUAUAUUUCCAAAUUUAUCUUCUUUGCUCCGCUGGAACUCAGAUGACUUCUCAGAGUCAAAAAUUUGUAUCGUACAUUUAUACAUUUGACUGGAAUGAAUUGACGGUAAAAACCAAAAAAAGUUUAUUGAUAAUGAUGAUAAGAUGUCAUCGACCGCUAAAAUUUCGCACUUGGAGUAUGAUCGAACUAUCUAUUGAAUCAUUCAGCCAGAUUGUCAAAUUUUCUUACUCUGCUUACAAUGUCCUCGCUCAGUCACAA